AUGGAUCAAAAUGGCCACGCAGACGUACCGAAUUCUAUCAUGGGCGAUGGCAGCAACCUGCCCAAGCCUUUGAGACAGCAACGGGCGCCAGGGACAAGCGUUGAUCUGGAACCCGACGAUAAUCUGGAAAAACAGAGCCUCCGCACAAGCAAAGACUGUCUCAUUGCGAGACAUCCUGCCUCGGACGCCCAUAGCGGCAAGCGACAAAAGGUAGUCGACAACAGCACCCCUAUCAAUGCUAGUGGCCAACUCAACGUAAACGACAUUACACAUAAUCCUGAAGCCCUAGGAAGUACGGUGGGUGAUCAAAGAAUGAGUGUUCAUCACGAAAAGAAAGACGAUGCGAAAGGUGCGAUGUGGCGAAGAAAGAGCAAGGUCCCUCCAACCCUGCCCUCAACGAGGUUAGAAGCUGCAGAACUUAUCCGUGACGAGACGCGUCCUUCUUCGACGCUUGGGAAUGGAGAGAAUCGCUGCGCUUGGCGUCCGCCUGAUCCUACGUCCUCCGCGAUAGCUUCGAACAAUCUCGCAGUGGAAUCGAAGGGGGGUACACCGGGAAAGCUUGACAAGAGUGACCUCAUCGAACAAUCAGGGAUAUAUCAGGCGCAGACAUUACUAAGAAAAGUUGAUGAUGAUCGCAUGUAUACUCAUGGACCUGCUCGCAUCAUACGAAUCACCAGCACAGGUGGAGAAGGAGGUACUCUUGCGUUACAGCUCUCGCACGAGCUUUCUCGGAAGAUGAUAACGCAGAUCGAGGCUGGCCGCAAAUUCCGAGCUACACGCGAGGCGGUCGACAGGCGGACCAAUGACUUAAUUGCAGCAGACGCUCGCAUAUAUGCGGAACAGAUCCGCGCCAAGGAAGAGCUGGAAAAAUAUCUCAGUGAUUUCGGAGAGCGGGAGCUCACGCCAGAGGAGUCAACCAAGGCCCAUGCGAUGGUAGCGCGGUGCAACGAACCAGGGCACCAGCGCGCAGCGAUGAAGAAAGAACGGGAGCAAUUGCCACAAUAUCUGCAAGGAUUACAGAACACGUGGCUCGAACGUGUAAAAGAGGUAGAGGCUAUCCAUGAGGAUGUUUUCGUGAAACGUAAGCUCAUUUCUGAGACAACAGAGCUAGAGAGUCUGCCAUGGGACCAGAGUCUGAACGGCGACAAGGAUGUUGUCACCCCAGAUCCUGUACCGCAGAUACAGGGAAUAGGACCGACCAGUAUGCAGCCAUCUGAUGAAGCUCCACGCCUCGGUCUUGCUAUGCGCAACAGGUUCACCAAAGCCGCCAUGCAAGUAGCUCGCGAAAAGCACGACGAAUAUCGGCAAGGAUACGAAAAAGGUCUUAAGGAGUAUAUCGCCAAGCAGGUCAAUCGUCCGAAUGUUGACUUUCGCAUCGAAUUUAGUCAUAAGUGGCUUGAAGGCUGGCACGACGUCAUCGUAACGCUAGAGGAGGCCGAGAAGGCUGCACAGGAUGCGUACGACAGGGCACGAGCUGCGAAUGUCACCGUGGCAGACAGUAUGGACGACGGAGAGCGAACCCUUGCAUAUGAUAUAGAGUGGUGGGACAAGAUGUCGCUGAAGCAACUCGAUCGGAAUAGAAUCGAAAGGUGGCAGAACGACGUUGUUCUCGGUGACUUAGGACCAACACACCCUGCUGGAAAAGAUGAGGCGGAGCUCGAACAGCAGAGCAAAGAUGUCCAGCCUGAGAAGAAGACGGCAGAGCCUGCGAUCGAUAGUCCGGGCGGCGCACCUGUGAACCCCUCAGAAAGGCAGCCAGUCGUUGGGUCUGAAGGUAUGGCGGCAUUACCAGCUCUCCAUGUCUCAAACAUGAAAGCCACACCCUUGCAAAAGAUAGAACAACUUCUCGCUGAAGUAACAGGGGCUCUGGAUCGCGCCAGUGAGCUGACCAGUACGCAAGCACACAAGCCCGGACGGGCAAGCGCAGCUACUGGGACAAAAGCUGAUGAAGCCAACAAGCGAACUUCAGCGGUACAUGCAAGCUCUGUUCCCCCUGAAGAUUUUGCAGGCGUAAGUGCCGAGGAUCGUAUGGCAGAGGCGAUAGACCUACCACGACGAGUGGUUUCGCAAGCUGCGAACAUCUUGCCAAGCCCCAUAGCCAACCAGGUGACAGGCAAGUCAAACCCUGGUGGGCAGAACAUUGACCAGGGUCCUGAAGAGCCAUCGACGAGCAAGGGAAGGACAGAGCAUACUAUCAUUCUGGAGCCAAAGAAGAGGCAGAAUGGCGAGGACAUGGACUCGCAGUUGGAAACAGACCUGAAGGGAUAUAUGAAGAAGUAUAACAUCCCGCCGCCUCCGAUCUCCAGAAAGAGAGACAGGGACAAUUCGCUCGACCAGCGCGACGUCCUUAUAACCGGUAGCGAGCGUGCCUACGGAAGCAGGCGGAGACGCAUCGACAAGUGGGGUAGCUACGUCCGCGGUGGUGAUUGUUGA